UACUCUCCAACUAUCGUGCUUGAUGGACUUCCAGCUGUUCCCGCUAGACAGGCAGAUCUGUGAUAUCGUCUUUCGCCCGUAUUCCCACACAGACGAAAAGGUCGCCAUUUCUUGGCGCGAGACAAACCCUGUCGUGCUAGAAUUCUCGAACGAUGCUCCAGAAUUCGACGUUAUCAAUUUUCAGAUUCAUAACUUCACAAGAUUCCAUCGAACGGGAAACUUUAGCAGCCUCAAGAUGGAGUUCCUGCUGGAGCGGGACCCCGGCUACUACCUGAUCCACCUGUACCUGCCACUCACGCUAACCGUGCUCAUGUCGUGGCACGCACUGUGGCUCAAGGUCGAGAUCCCGCAGGCCCGCAUGGUGCUCAGCGUCAACUGCCUGCUCACCAUUGUGACUGUGUCCAACGGCGCCCGUGCACUCAUACCGCGGGUCUCCUACCUGAAGGCCGCCGACGUAUGGGUCACCGCGUGCAUACUUUUCGUGUACGGCGUCAUCUUGGUCUCCGCCAUGGUCAACUACAUGGCCAGGCUUAAGCUCAGGGCACUCUGGCUCAGGAAGGUGGACCAAGCCUUCGCGGACGUAUGCCACGUGUUGAUGCACGGAACGCCUUCGGACGACUUCCUGCUGAAAAUGAACCGGGCCAACAAGCAGGAGCACCACAGGAACGUCAAGAGAUCGGAGUCCGUCGAGAGGAACGCUCGCUAUCUUUUCCCCGUCUGCUUCCUCUUCUUUAACAUCGUGUACUGGCCAUUCUACAUGCUACGGGCGUAUGCUUACUUCUGAAAGCGGAAGUUUUCGACCUGGGCAACAUUCAAUGGAAAGCUUGCUCAAUAAACCAUGUUCCU